CUUGCGGAUGCCCCUUUAGCGUGGCAAAAAGUUCUUUUUAGGAGCUUGAAAGAAGCAGGGUGGCGGCAGGACCUGCAAGACCCGUGCUUGUGGUACUUCCCCAAGGAGAAAGCAGAACCAGCAGCGGCAGACGAGAAACGAACCACCGGAACCGAAGCCGGGCCAGAGGAGACGCCCGCGGAGCCAAGUGGCGACGAGGAGAGGAGAAACGCAAACCCGCUGCUGCGCAGCAGCAUCGACGACCCCUUGCUCGAGGAGCAAGAAAUAGAGGGGAUUUUGGGUGUUCACGUGGAUGACACCAUCUACGGCGGGUCGCAGCGCGCACACGAAAGUUUGGAAAAGGUCUUCGAACAGUUCCCGCCAGGAAGCCGGACCUGCCUGCAGCCGGGGGACAGCGACAAUUUCUGCGGCCGCUCCAUCAAAUGCACCAAGCACGGCGAGUUGCUGCCAGAGGAGAAAAAGAAAAACGGUUUCGAGCUGAAAGAGGGGGAGAAGAUCGUCGCGGGCGCGGAUUCGGACUGCGCGUUGGCGUUCGAAGUCGGGCAACAAUCUUUCAUCCGAACCAUGUCCCCGAUCACCGAAGACGAAGUACAGAAAUUCUUCGCAAACAGAAGGAGAAAAUCGCCGCUGCGGAGGGCGAUCGGGGAGCUUAUGUGGGUCACAAAAUGCCAGGUGAGUUUUGUGGCCAACAUUUGCAUCCUCGCCGGCAUGGUGAACGACGAAGCGGAGGAAGAGGAGUACAGCGCGCUAGUGGCGGAGGUUAAUGACUUGAUCGGGCAAGUCAAGGAGCACGCGGGCGACGCCAUACACAUCCGACCAACUUCCCAAGCCCCAGAUGUAAUUCUUGGCUUGGUAGACGCGUCGCUGGUGCCGCGGCUCGGUGCGCUAGUGUGCUUGCUGAACAAAGAGAAGGCUGCUGCGGGACAGGGCGAGGACGGGAAACAAGAGUUGGUCUACAACAUGAUUACGCACUACAGCUCCAAACCUUCCAGAGUUUUUAGCAGUUCCACAAGUGCGGAACUGCUUGCCAUCCGCCUGAUCAUCAGCGAGCUUUUGUACUUUCGCGGAAUUUGUGUUUCCGCUGGCCUCACCCUGUCGGUGCAGCCGCUGGUGAUCUGCACCGACUCCAACAACAUCGUCCGCAGCAGCAGCAGCACCAUGAUCCGGGCACCUAGUGAACGCAAUUUGCGGGCGGACUACAACUUUAUUUCGCGGCUCAUCCAGGACGGCGACUUGCUGUUGUGGCAUAUCAAGGGCGCGGCGAACCCGAGCGAUAUAUUGACGAAGCAGGUGGAAAAAUGCAACCUGGAGAUGGUUCGGGAGUUUUUGCAGCACCACAAAGCGCAGUUUGCGCUUCCGCCGGAGGUGCUGUGCAUGCUGGGGGACGGUUGA